UGUCACAGAAUAAGUCAUAUGACCAGUACGUCCGAAUCCUCAGUUCAUGGCGAGUUACCUUCAACGCAGCCAGAGAAAUGUCGAAGAGAAAGAGCUAUGUCAGAGAAGUGGAAAGAAAUCCCGGCAGGUCUAGACCUCCUAGAUUCGGUAGAUACGCUGAUGGUGCGCCAAAGACUCCGAACAUCCUUGAAUGUGGAGGGAGCAGGUAGUGAAUAUAUCGUAGAAGACCGAAACGGACGGAGAUUGUACACUGCUCUUAAAACUGAAAAGGCCCAAGCGUAUUGCUGUCCCUGGAAAACCCAAUCUUUUGAGUUGAAGUUAGUUAGCUGUACUGGGUUUCAUGCUGUCCAAUACGAAACGAUCUCUUCGUGCUGGAAUAAUGUCGAUGUGUCCGUCCCUCUGCAAGGCUGUAUCGCAACAGUGCGGAAGAGAUGUUCAUGGCGACUGACAUAUGACAUAACAGGAGCGACGAACGAUUGUUUUUUUACCGUACGAGGUGCCCUGUGUUCAUUUUUCGCAAAAGAUACUGAUUAUGAGAUAUAUGAAGCUAACCGUGUGAUAGGAAGAAUAUCAAGUUGGGCACCGACGGAGAGCUAUGCUUCUGCAGUAGCGUUUCAGUUCGGUGUGACGUUUCCUAAGACAUUGGGAGCCACUGCCAAGGCUGUUCUGCUAGGAGCUUGUUUUUUAGUCAGUUUCACGUCUUAAUCAAAAAAUGUCUUAGGAGACAAAUUCUGCGAUACUGAAUAUGAGUGAAAGUUGUAUUGUAGACCUGCGGCAAACAUCAAAGAGGUUAUUCCUUGAAAAAGCGCUUUGUUCCGAAGAUAUAGGGCGAGUAAUUUCGAUUCGAUAAUAAGGAUUGAACUUAUCAAGUAUAAACAUGCGACAAAAAGGAGUCCUCGAAGUGGGUAUUUUGCUUGUCGAGUUUGUUAAGAUUGCCUCACGUUUGACUAUUGGAAUUUUUGUCCUUAAUACUUAAACGGUUGUUUGUCAAGUCCUCUAUCAUAUUUCACCAUACGAAUACCGAGAUGACUGACAUGCAUUCCAUUUGAAAUUGCUGACUGAACAUUGAACGACUUCCUAACCGUAUUAUUCCCGAAACAAAAAUCUUCCAAAGCAUAUUUUAGAGAAACAAGAACUUGGAAGCUAAGUGCAGGACCAGAAAUACUAAGUAUUGUAAGAACGGUAAACGUCGAAGGUAAUUUUUGUCGCGGUUGUCCUCCUUUAUGGCCUGCGCGAUCCCCGGACUCAAGCUCUAUGGAUUAUUACCUAUGGGGCCAGUCAUUAGUUUACACUAGGCUAUACUAUAACUAUCUAAAACUGUAAUGACUCAUCGAUGUUCACGUGAACAUCACUUAACUACCAGUAGUCGGCUGUUCAUAGGCGGGGUAUGAAUGUUUAACAUGGGUGAACUAGAUUUGUCACAUGCUUAAUAAAGAGUGGUUUGAAACAUAUUGUAAGUAAAAAAUUUGGGAAUUACCUUUAUUCAUCGUAGCUUCCACUUACAUCUGACAGUAAUAAACUGUCGCUAUCGCUUUCCUCGUUGAACUUGACUAUAACUGGCUCUAUGAUGGUGUCCUUCACAACAUGACGGAUAGCAUUCUGCCAAGCUUCGGGCGUUACUAGCUGUAUGGAAGUCUCAAGUAAAACCUUAACGUCUGGUAAUUUGAAGGUUGUGUUAUGACGCGCAAUAUAACCCUUCACUUGAGCCCAGAUGAGCUCUAUUGGGUUCAGUUCACAGUGGUAGGGCGGUAACCGCAGCACAGUGACACCACAUUGACGGGCCAUCUCAUCAGUCACGUAACUAAUGUUCGCAGGUUUGUGCGGUUUAAUUUUUUCAUACAAUUCCGCUUUCACACAUGAAUCGUCAAACGGGAUUCCUUUUUCGCGCAACCAGUGCUGCAUGUCACUUUUUCGAGUUCCCAUAGUCGGUACACGUUCGGCUCGACGACUAUGGUAGGAAGCAUUAUCCAUGACGAUCACAGAGUUGGGCUCAACUCGCUGAAGCACCCCUUGAAACCAGCUCUCGAAGCAGCUGGCAUUCAUUUCGUCAUGGUAAUCACCUCCUUUCUUAGAGACGAAAAUCAAGUCACACUCUUCUAAAAAGCCACAAUCGCUACCAAUAUGAGUAACGAUCAAUCUUUGACAUUUCCCUGACGGUCCACGAAGACCUGUUGACAAACCUUCAAUGCUUGCUUGUCGGUUACUCGCUACGUUUUUGUCUAUCCAGGUUUUUUAACUGUGUGACCUGCAUUUACCCAUGUCUCGUCCAAAUAAUUUUUCUGCUUUGUCGCCUAUAUUCAAUCAUUUCGCGUAGGUAUUUUCGACGCCAGGCGACUAUUUCAGGUCUCUCUAUCAAUACUGACUUUCGAUUGCGCGUUUCGUAACGAAAAUUAAUUUCGUGCAGGGAUUUCCUCAUUACCUCGAUGCUCAUUUGGGGUAUAAUUUCAUUUUCCUUGAUCGCUGCAUGUACAGCCUUGAGGGUUGGUAUCUCAUUCCUAAAGAAGAAUGAAUGUACGGUUCGCCUUAACGCCAUUUUGCUAUCGUCAUCCAAUUUAAUGGCCUUUCGUCCCUUCAAAUUAAACUUUGGAUCGGUAGUAGCUCCAGUUUUCUUCUUUUCAUGCACCACCCUGCGAAUGGUCCACUCUGGAACGCCUGUCAUACUUUCACAACGCGCGAGUGCAUCUCCCUGCGACAUAGUUCUGUUCAGAUAAUUGAACACGUUGAGCACGAUUUCUUUCGCGUCCCUCUUCAGUGCUUUACGAAGCCGUAUACUUGUUCCCUGGCUUUCAGUACUUCCACUGGUGCCAUUUGUACUCUCCAUGGUUAAGUAUAACCAAAACAGUAACCACAGAAACCACAACAAUAACAAUCACACAACAAUUCUUAUAAAAACACACAAUAUGCGAUCGCUCAACGAAACACGUUCCAAUGCGUUGCCGACGCCUUGAGUCUGCCGGUCGAGGCGCGUCUUUGAUUUCAUUGGUUCUACCGGCGGAGAACAUUCAGCCAUUAUUUCCAUCUAUGUCUGUGCUGUUGACCACCGCAAAACCACAGAAACGACAUAUAUGUCGUUCGCUAUACGGCUGUACUGGAAGGAAGCCGGGAUCGAGCUCAGAUCACGUGUUGAUCACGCGUAUGAGUCAUUACAGUUUUAAAUAGUUGUAGUAUAGUGGAAGAUGUGGACGAUUUAGAAGAUCGGAUGAUUGCUGGGUCUAACUCAAUAAGAAACAACCCUGAUGUUUUCGAAAGAAUUGGGCAGUUGAUGAGGUGAAGGUUGGAUAGGUGUAUUAGAGUUGGUAGCCCAUGCGUACAGCUCUUGUAGAUUAAAUUGUUAUUAUCGUUGGAAAUUUAUUUCGCUCUGUAUCUUCGCAAUAAAACGGUUUUUCAAAUAUAAUUAAAAGGUAUAAUAUCCUAUUUUUGCCACAUCUGUACUAAUUAUAUAAACUGAAGAGAGUAAAC